UUCCUCUUGUAAAGGAAAAGAGGAUAUCAAAUUGGCUCUAUAGCUUGAGAAAUCCUUGAACCAUAAAUCCAUAUAUUGUCUCUUCACCCACAACACUGGAAGGGGAAUACUAAGGUUUAAUGGUCGAAACAAUUGGAAGGACUUUGGACACAGGAAUGAGUGGAGUUGAGGGAAACUGUCCCCAGCUGAUAAAUUGACACUGAUAUCUUCGGGGUGUUGUCUAAAAUAAAGGAAGUAGCGUUGAGCUCACUCGGGCAGCAUGAAUGAGGGCAGAUCGGGUGAAGCUGGCCGUGGACCAGCGGUCAGUAACACCGACACCCACGGCAGCCGGAGGUCCAGACAGGGCAGCGUUGUGGAGCGACUCUCUCGGUAUGGCAUGCAGGUCAUGCCCAGCGCUUUCCAGCGUAGGUCGCGGCCGCAGAGGCAGCUGGAGGUCACUAACAGCUGCGAGCCGGGGGCACACCAGAGGGAGGAUCCGGAGAGAAGCUCUCUCACACCCGCUAUGCGUAAGAAAUACCUGAAAGAGUUGCUUUUGGGCAAACCGUCGCACAGCGGGCUGAGCAGCGUGCUUUCACAGACCUACAGUGUGUGUUCCGAGCAGGACGCCGCAGACUGGGCGCUGUAUGCGAUGGAGCACGCCUGGAUGUUGUCUGCAGUGGAGGGGAACUAUGAAACCCUCCUGGAAUUCAUCUCCGAGGACCCCUGUCUGUUGAACAGGAGGGAUUUCAUCAGCGGGUACUCGGUGCUGCAUUGGCUGGCAAAGAGAGGACAGGACGAGACUCUGCUCAAACUUUUGCGGUUCGCACAAGAUGCGGGGAUCCCGGUGAACGUGAAUGUGCAGGGCAGCGGCGGGCUGACCCCGCUGCAUGUGGCCAGCCAGCACAGACACUUCAUGGUCAUCAAGCUGCUGGUCGGAGCCUUCAGUGCCAACGUAGAUGCCAUGGACUACAAUGGGAAGAGAGCCUGGCAGUAUCUGCCGGGAGACGCCCCGCCUGAGAUGAAGGAGCUGCUGGGGACCUGGGAUGACGAGCACAGCUGCGAAGGAUGUGCACAAAAUGUCUACAAAAACGUCAACAACAGCGCUGGCUCAAUGAACUUGACCGCAUAUGAUGAGGUCGAUCAUGGAGAGACAGAUAUGCACUCCUUCGACCGGACUAAGAGGGGGGGCAGCUGGGGGUUUGGCUCUUUAAGGAAGCUGCUACCAUCCUUUUCAUUUCUUGGAAACAAAAGCUGAGUGUUUGACAGGCCUUCAAAUAUGUGAAUUAUUUUACAUUAUCUUCAGUUUCCAGUGUAAUGAAGCAAAUUCUGCCUAUAUCUGUAAAAGUCUUGGAGUAGGCUACUUGAGUAUUCAUCAAAAUGCUCAUUAUAGGGCAGUGUUGCUCUUUAAAAUCAACACUUAUUACUAGUUUUAAUAUUUAGUUUGAUUUCCUGUUGAAUGUUUGUGAUCCAAAAGGGAUAACAGUUUUCUAAUGUUUGCCUUCGUCAAUGACUUUAAAAUACUUACCUCAUGCCUUUAAAUGUAACUGCUCGUUACUCAUUUGUACACCAUGUCAAAUAGAUAGCUUGUCUUUAAGUGAUCACUGCACUAUUUUUAACCCUUAGUAUAGGGCAUCAAUGUUUCUAUUCACACUCACAGAAAAGCAUCCAUUUGAUGUACUGCACUUCAAUAAAUGAUUGUGGCAACUCAUUGAACCCAAAUAAUAAAGCCUACUGCCUGUA